AUGAACUUCCCAUCGCAACCGGAGCUUCGAACCAAAAUAUGCUUUUUCCAGGCAAAGGUAUGGCACAAUUUGAACUACCGUAAUCCUUGGAUGCAAUUCAGGAAGCGAUGCUCUUCAUUGGAUUCGCCUAUUUUAUAAUCGCUUGUGUCAUUCUGUUCACUCCGGCCGGACAAUAUCAGUUUGAAGCGAUUUUCGUCAUGGGCAUCGCGCCAAUCCUUCAAUACGUAAGUCGUCGUCCAUUCAACCCUAUUUAUCUCGGCUGCCAGUGGAAAUAUCAAAAAAUUGUCAACUAAUAAAAUGUUCAUUGAGACAUUUUACACAUUUGUUCAGUUGACCACUUUUUGAUACCUCCACAGACAACCGAGAUACAUCGCUUUUGUUACAGUGCUGCAGUAGCGUCGGCGUGUUCGUUCUGAUCUGUGUCAACUCAAAGUGCGCCUACGGAUAUUAUGCGAUUACAACGGUUUGCCAAACUAUAUAAAUAUAUAUAUUAUUUAAAAAAAUAAAUAUUGUCAGAUUCUGUCGGCGUGCUCCACAAUCACCUACGCGCUGGUCUUUUUCAUCGACAGCGAACGGUUCUUCUCGAGAGAAUUUAGAAAAUCGAAGGGUGAGUGUUUUUGCACUUUUUAUUCGAUUUUUCAGCAGAAUUUCCAUAUUUCCUUGACAAAACAGAGCCAAAACUCGAAAAUAUGAGUAGAAUUUUGAAGAACAGCGACUUUUGCGUCGAAAAAAUUGGGCAUUGUGCAAACGCGCUCUAUUGAUAACGUGCGCGCGCAUUUCCGAGUCCGUGACAAAAGGUCGGAAGACAAAAAGUCGGAAGACAAAAAGUCGGAAAGCCAAAAGGUCGGAAAAAAGUGACAAAAGUUCGGAAAAAAGUGACAAAAUAUCGGAAAAAACGCCAAAAGGACGGAAAAAAUGCCAAAAGGUCGGAUAAAAAUUACAAAAAGCCAGAAAACAGGUAUUUUAGCAGUUUUUCCGAUCUUUUGUCACUUUUUUCCGACCUUUUGUCAUUUUUUUCCAACCUUUUGGCUUUCCGACCUUUUGUCUUCCGACCUUUUUGGUUUUCCGACCUUUUUUCACGGACUCGCAUUUCCAGCCGCCCAGAUCGUCCUGUUCGUCACGUGCACCGUCGCCAUCGCUCUUCAACUGUUUUGUGCGUUUGUCUACUGUCGAAUGAGGUUUUUUCUUGUUUUUGUUCCAGAAAAAUCUAAACAUUUUCCAGUUAUUUCGACCGUUUCAACGUUUCGUCCGAAAAUGAGGAGAACGAUUUGUACGAAGUGACCGUCGAUUCGAAAACGGAGAAAACGGACAAGGAGAACUAG